UGAGAGGUCAACGCCGAGCCCGACUGCCUGGGCGACAAUGGCCGGACUGUGGGUCGGGACUGUGUCUCUGGUCGCGGCCAGGUGGCGAGGUCGGCGGCCCUUGCAGCAGCUGCUGUGGACCCUGCAGCAUGUUCCACAUUAUUCCCAGCGGUGUCUGGUGGUGUCCUGUAGUCUCAGUUCUGUGGGGUAUGACCCCAAAGAAAAAACUUUCGAUAAAAUUCUUAUUGCUAAUAGAGGAGAAAUUGCAUGUAGAGUUAUUAAAACUUGCAAGAAGAUGGGCAUUAAGACAGUUGCCAUCCACAGUGAUGUUGAUGCUAGUUCUGUUCAUGUGAAAAUGGCGGAUGAGGCUGUCUGUGUUGGCCCAGCUCCCACCAGUAAAAGCUACCUCAACAUGGAUGCCAUCUUGGAAGCCAUUAAGAAAACCAGGGCCCAAGCUGUACACCCAGGCUAUGGAUUCCUUUCUGAAAACAAAGAAUUUGCCAGGUAUUUGGAUGCAGAUGAAGCUGUCAGAAUUGCAAGGGAAAUUGGCUACCCCAUCAUGAUCAAGGCCUCAGCAGGUGGCGGUGGGAAAGGCAUGCGCAUCGCUUGGGAUGAUGAAGAGACCAGGGAUGGUUUUAGGUUUUCAUCACAAGAAGCUGCUUCUAGUUUUGGUGACGAUAGACUACUAAUUGAAAAAUUUAUCGACAACCCACGUCAUAUAGAAAUUCAGGUUCUAGGUGACAAGCACGGAAAUGCUCUGUGGCUAAAUGAAAGAGAGUGCUCGAUCCAGAGAAGAAACCAGAAGGUGGUGGAGGAGGCACCAAGCAUUUUCCUGGAUCCCGAGACACGCCGAGCUAUGGGAGAGCAGGCUGUGGCUCUGGCCAGAGCGGUGCAGUAUUCUUCCGCAGGAACUGUGGAGUUUCUCGUAGACUCCCAGAAGAACUUCUACUUCUUGGAAAUGAAUACAAGACUCCAGGUUGAGCAUCCUGUCACAGAAUGCAUUACUGGCCUGGACUUAGUCCAAGAAAUGAUCCGUGUUGCUAAGGGUUACCCUCUCAGGCACAAACAAGCUGAUAUUCCCAUCAACGGCUGGGCAGUUGAAUGUCGGGUUUAUGCUGAGGACCCCUACAAGUCUUUUGGUUUGCCAUCUAUUGGAAGAUUGUCUCAGUACCAAGAACCAAUACAUCUACCUGGUGUCCGAGUUGAUAGUGGCAUCCAACCAGGAAGUGAUAUCAGCAUUUAUUAUGAUCCUAUGAUUUCAAAAUUAAUCGCGUAUGGCUCUGACAGAACGGAAGCACUGAAAAGAAUGGAAGAUGCACUGGAUAGUUACGUGAUUCGAGGUGUUACGCACAACAUCGCCUUGCUUCGAGAGGUGAUAAUCAACGCACGAUUUGUAAAAGGAGACAUCAGCACUAAAUUUCUCUCCGAUGUGUAUCCUGAUGGCUUUAAAGGGCACACAUUAACACAGAGUGAAAGAAACCAGUUGUUGGCUAUAGCAUCAUCUCUGUUUGUGGCAUCGCAGUUACGAGCGCAACAUUUUCAAGAGCAUUCAAGAGUGCCAAUUGUUAGACCAGACGUGGCUAAGUGGGAGCUCUCAAUAAAAUUACAUGAUGAAGAUCACACCGUCAUAACCUCGAACAAUGGGUCAACCUUUGCUGUGGAAGUUGAUGGGUCGAAACUAAAUGUGAGCAGUACGUGGAACCUGGCUUCGCCCUUAUUAUCUGUCAACGUUGAUGGCACACAGAGGACUGUGCAGUGUCUUUCUCGAGAAGCAGGUGGAAGCAUGAGCAUUCAGUUUCUUGGCACAGUGUACAAGGUACACAUCUUAACCAAACUCGCAGCAGAACUGAACAAAUUUAUGCUCACAAAAGUGACUGAAGACACAAGCAGCAUCCUGCGCUCUCCGAUGCCUGGAGUGGUGGUGGCCGUUGCUGUCAAGCCUGGGGACAUGGUAGUAGAAGGUCAUGAAAUUUGUGUGAUUGAAGCUAUGAAAAUGCAGAACAGUAUGACAGCUGGGAAAACAGGCAAGGUGAAGUCGGUGCAUUGCAAAGCUGGAGAUACAGUUGGGGAAGGAGAUCUGCUGGUGGAGCUGGAAUGAAGUAUUUAUAGCCUUUCAGUCACCAGCGCUUUAAUUAGCACUUCUAUUGUUCUCCAACACUCAAUUUAUUCAAGCAUUUUACAGGAACACUCCUGUGCAGCAGGUUCUACAUCAUAUUUAUUCCUCAGAGGAGGCAAACCCCGACAUUCUGCCAAAAAAAUCACCAACGGAAAAUUUUAUUGAUAUAAAUACUUGUACAUAUGAUUUGUACUUCUGCUGUGAGAUUUCCUAGUGUCAAAAUUAAAUCAAUAAAACCAAGCAUUUGUC